UUUUGAUUCAUUAUUAUUGUUCUGUUCCAUGGAAGUUUCCAUCUGCUGAAAGGACACGUUGUACAUUGAUUAGGUUGCACAAUCAAUCCAGCCACAAGCUGGGAAUCGGCUGUACACAACUCUUUCAUUCACUGUUGCUUGCUGACACGGUUGCUUUCAUAUGAUGCUUCUGACUUAAAAAUCUACCCCAGAUUCCAAGGAUUCUUUCUCAUCUCGCAAUCUUCAAACUGACUCUCGAGCUCGAGACCAACAAACGCACCCAUCAUGCGCCACUCACGCCUAUUACAGCUCCUCCUCCUUCUCUUCUCACAGCCGCUCCUAUCAUAUGGCCGAUCACAGCAACCCCCAGGCAGAGAUGCCAUCCUCCUCUCCCGCGUCCACUCGCUCACUCUGCGCGCAAAUCGCCUGACCACCUCCCGACGCGUGUCGCCCAUCCCUCAGUUGAAAUGCAUCGGUCCCUCCAAGCGCAUCUGCAACCUAUACCCCAUCGAAACGAUGCGAUGCACAAACGAAGGUUACGACUACGACGAAGAGGACAUCCAGUGGACCUGCACUGCCUCGCUCCCACCGGAGUUCAAGCUUGGAUCAACCGACGUAGUGUGCGAGGGUUACAGGGAUGCUGAUGAUAAAUGGGUCUUGAAGGGAAGCUGCGGUGUUGAAUAUCGCUUGUUGUUGACGGAGUUGGGAGAAGAGCGCUUCGGCUCAGGAAGGCAGGAUAGCGAUUUCUGGCCUGCAGACGUCGACCUAUCUGGCUGGCGGGGCGUGUUUUCCACACUGGGCAAUUUGGUUUUCUUUGGAUUCAUGGUGGCGUGUUUCUUCCUGAUAAUGCUGCCCAUGCUGAGAGAUUGUUUUGGCCUACGCGGAGGUCGGCGAGCUGAAGGGCUCGGUCGCGGCUGGGGUGGGUGGGGAGGAGGUGGUGGUGGUGGCGGCGGCGGCGGCGGCGGAGGCCCCUACCCUCGUGGCCCGCCCCCUCCCUAUACCAGUUCCAGUUGUCCGGAUCCUGCUCCUGCCUCUGAACCAUGGAGACCUGGGUUUUGGACAGGUGCUUUGGGCGGCGCUGCGGCUGGCUAUGGCCUGGGAAGCAGAAACCGUCGCCGCACCCCAACUUUCACACAAAGGCGCACUCCAUCUUUCACGAGAUGGGAUGACCCCGGUGAAGGUAGCUCAGGGUCGCGCUCGCGCUCGCCGCAGUUUUCAAGUACAUCCACAAGUACCGGGUUUGGCUCGACUAGACGCCGUUAAGGGGUGGGGAAUGGCGAGGAGAAAGUGGGUGGGCUGUGAGUCUGAUUCGAAUGGCUUGGUGCGUCUCUUUGCUAGUUCAUGGAGUAAACGAGUCUCUUAAAUGAAGGAGCCACAUGGCGGUUGUAUUGAUGCCUAGAUCAGGGUAAGCAUAGGUAUCCAAGGGAAAACCCCUCUGAAAAUACCUCGAAAACCAGA